AUGAAUUAUUAUACUUCUUUAGAUGGAGGCUCAAAAGUCUAAGAUUUAAUUGAACAGAUUAGAAAAAUGGAUGCGACUAUUUCUGAGGCUGUUAAUUAGAGAAACUUAAAAUUAUAAACUAAUUAAUCUGUACAAAUGGUAUUUUGAAAUUACAUUUUCUUAGGUAGAUAGGCAACUGGCAACAUAAAUUGAAGCAAUCAAUAAUUCGAUUAAUUAAGCAAGGAUCUUAUUAAAUAAAUCAUCGAAUCUGUAUUCUAUUUAAAUGAACUAGUUCUCAAACUGAUAUCUAGAAAUCAAAGGAUUUAUUAGAUGAAUUCUAAAAUAAGUCAGAAAAGUUUAGAAAAGCAUUAGAUAUCAAAUAAGUUUUCAAAUUAGUAAUAAAUCAUAUAUAUUUAAUCUUAAUUAUAGGAUACUCCAUAAGCAAACAUUGAUUUUAGUUCUAAAUCUAACGUUGAAAUGGUUUAGAUGUAAUAAUAGCUAGUUGAAAAGCAAAACAAUACCAUAGACUAAAUGAUUGAUACAACAGGGAGAAUGUAAGUUAAUGCCAAAAAUAUUAAUAAUGCUUUAAAGGAGGAUUAAUUUAUUUUAAGAAGAUUGAAUGAGAAUGUAAAAGUGAUUUUAACUUUAGGUUGAAGAAGCCACUCAUGAAAUCAAAGUUACUGAUUCUAAUCUUAAGAGUCUGUUAUCAUACACUAAUGAUUGUUGUUUAUGGACAACCAUCAUAAUUGAAUUUAUGAUUUUUGUUUUUCUUGUUAUAUAUUGAUGAUG